UGCAUAGGUAUUUAUGCCCUCCGCCAACGCCAUCGCCAACGCCAUUUUUCCAUUUUUCCAAUCUUCCAAUUUUUUUCUUCGUAGAUUCCGUUCCGAAUCCAGGGUUUUCCAACUCCUUCAAUCAAUCUUCUUCUGAAUUUCCCUUUCAGAUUGGCCUUUACUUCUUCUUCCUUUCUUCAAUUGGCCUCGCCAUGGCAGAGUGGCAAGACCUUCUCCAAACCCUCUUCAUAGGCCUCAUCUUCUCUUAUCUUGUUGCCAAGUUGAUCUCCAUAGUCGUCUCUUUCAAGGAAGAUAACCUCUCUAUCUCUCGUACUGCCUCUACUGCCACCGACGGACCUUCCAAAGCCAACCCAAUUGAAACCGACCCGCCAGAUGUUGGGUCGGGCUCGGGAGAUUUCGGGUUGGCGCACGAGGCUGACUCUGUCAUCGCGGAGCAUGGUAGUGUCAGGAAUGAGAGUAUUGGUGGGAGUGAUACCGACGAUGAUGAUUGGGAAGGGGUGGAGAGCACCGAGUUGGAUGAGUUGUUCAGUGCCGCGACUGCUUUUGUUGCCGCCUCUGCAGCUGACCGGCUUUCACCCAAGGUAUCCAACGAACUACAGUUGCAGCUCUACGGCUACUAUAAAAUCGCCACUGAGGGGCCUUGCAGCACGCCACAGCCGUCUGCCUUGAAAAUGACAGCUCGAGCCAAGUGGCAAGCGUGGCAGAAAUUGGGUGCCAUGCCUCCUGAAGAAGCAAUGCAAAAGUACAUUGAUAUCGUUACCGAGUUGUUUCCAUCUUGGGUGGCUGGUGCAAGUGGGAAGAGCAAAGACGGAAAUGCUGAUGCUAGAAGUAAAGAUUCUAGAGGACCAAUGGGGCCAGUCUUCAGCACUUUUGUAUAUGAGGAAACCGGGAAUGAGUUGGAGCUGGAAGAUAUUCAUGGCUUUGCUAGAGAAGGAGAAUUAGAAAAUUUGCUGAAGUGUGUAGAAAGUGGUGUUUCAGUGAAUAUCAAGGAUAGUGAAGGCAGGACCCCAUUGCAUUGGGCAGUGGAUCGUGGUCAUUCUAAUGUUGUGGAGCUGCUUGUUAGCAGGAAUGCUGAUGUCAAUAUAAAGGACGUCGAUGGCCAAACUCCAUUGCAUUAUGCCGUUAUAUGCGACCGAGAAGCGAUUGCCGAAUAUCUCGUGAAGAACAAUGCUAACGUUAGCGAAAAAGACAAUGAUGGAAAGUCACCUUGCGAUAUUUGCGAUUCUAACUGGCCUUUCAUGGUCUCUGCAGAGAAGUAGAAAAUGGCAGAUGGUUUAUCAUGUUGGGUGUGCCUUUUCCCUUCUAUCUUCUAAUUGAUUAUUUCACUCGUUCCUUUUGAAUGUAAAUACUCCCAUGCAUGGCCUUUCCUAACAACUUCUUUAUAAAUAGAUUUGGAGUAUUUAUCACGUUUACCUGUUCCAUAUCCCAAUGCUGAAUAUUACUAUUUAGGGUAAAAUAGAUAGAUAGAUAGCCAGAUAUCAUACUUAGUAUUUUUAUCUCAUGGGAAAAUUUUCUACUACUUAAUCUCUCAGGAUUUCUACAGUAUCUAAUAAGAAUAGCAUGUUGAUGGAA